AUGCAGUUGCAAUUCUGUGAAGGCGAUUCACAUACACUCUCUUGCGCUCAUUUUUCCAAGAACAUCAGUAUCCUUUCUGCAAACUACGGUCGUUUGACUGGAGCUCAAGUCUGUGGCUGGGGACCAAUAAAGUCCACUCACUGCAAAGCUGAUGGAGCACUGGCCAAAGUUCAAGCUCACUGUCAGGGACGUUCACAUUGCACAUUGCGGGCAACCAACAGCGAGUUUGGCGAUCCCUGCGAUGAAACUUACAAAUAUCUAGAGGUAACUAUUUUUCUUAGCCAAACCUUUUCUCAGCUUGGUUUCAAAGGGAUCUCUUAUCUUCAAUUUCUCAUUGUCGCCAGGAUUCUUAGCUUUGGCAAGUUUAUCGAUCUUGAAAAAGAAGUCGUAGCCUGAGUAGCUUGUGUGGAAGAGAGGAGCGAAAAGGGGAAAAGGGGAGAAGGGAGACUGAGAAACUACUGACACAAAAACGACGGGAGAAGGGUCUAUCCUCCCCCCGCAUUUACCUUAAUUUGUAUUUGUAGUGUCCACCCCUUUUUUUCUUGGCUUUCCCGGCCACUUCAGCCCUUUUUCUAUUGUGAAUUAUUAUUAAAGCGAUGUAGCCUAAUGUCAUCCAAUCCCGUCCUCCCCCACAUCAGGGUGGAAAAGAAAAUUCAAAAAUAGAAAUAAGAUGCGUAAAUAUCUACAUCAGACAACUGAUUUCUAUGGAUGUACAUGUUACUGGUUAUUAAAAUGCUAUCCUUAACUCGAUUUUGAUCCCUUUGGGACUGUUGGAAUGGGUACAGUUAAUAGCUUGAUGGCAGCAAGCCUUGAUUUCUUUUUUUGUUGAUAAUAUAUACUAACUCAUGUCCGCUGAAUUCAACAGAUUCGCUACAUAUGUGAGUGAGAACGCCAAGACUCUGGUUCAGUUAAAAACGGUGGCGUGAGCCGUUAGUAGUGAUCGAAAAAGACAACCUUAAUUAACAGCUGUGCAAAGAAAGUGUCACUUGACAAUUUAGACGAUUUAGCUUAUGUAGUUUGCUUGGAAAGAAAAUCAUUAAACUUCUUUUUGAACGAGAAUGUUGUACAUCGAUAUUUUUCUACCCCCUUUUUUUACUGUUAUAGCGUGGCGUUCGUCUCAUGAACAGUUCCACGUUUGGUCUAGGCCUUAGAGUCAACAAAUAUGGCUGCGUUUACACGACACUAGAUAAGAUUCAGGAGAUUUUACCUGAUUCAUUAAUGUUUUCGGUUUUACACAAAAUACGAAUCCGAGAAAAUCCAUAUCUACUAAAGAUUGCUCACUCACAUUACCAGGCAUUCCGCUGAUGAGAUCAGAGGCACCUUGUUGUGGUGGUGGACCAUCUUGUAUUUGUCUGCUUACUAUUCACUUCAUAGUUUAAUUUUAACAACACCCAAAUCCAACAUUUUUCAAUUUUUCAAAAUUUUAAAUAACACCCACUAGUUUUUAUACAUCAAACUCGAAAAUCAUCUAAAAACUAUUAAUCCAAGAACUGAAAACUAAUUGGCAAUGAAUCAUUUUUCGAUUGAAUGAAAUAUUGGCUGAUAUUUAAGAAAAAAGGGGGGAAAUGUGCGAAAAGCAAUGCUUUAAACCAGUCCUUAAAGGAUUCUUACUAGAAGUUGUCUGUCGUGUUAUCGUGACUACACUCUAUGCACUCUUGUCCUCGCUGAACUUACAAUUUCUCGUCCCAUCUGUGAAAACGCUUGUCUCCUAACGCUCUCCCCAAGGUUGAUUCACAUAUUACUCAUUUACAAAGGUAGCUCUAAAGCUCUUCUCGCUUACUAACGAGAAGAAAAGCUUAUUUAAUUUUUUUAUUAGAAAAAAUAAGAACAAGGGAAGCUUAAAAAAAAAUAGAGCUGCGAUUAUGGCUCGCACUGAUGUUUAGUACUUCUGGUUAAACACAGAUUUAGAACGCUGGGUUAGCUUUCAUUACUACAAACUCCAAAGAGAAGCUAAGAGAGAAAAUAGUGUAGCGAUUAUGGUUUGUACUGAUGUAUAGCGAUUACGGUUAAGCACUGAUUUCAGAUUUAGAAUGGUUAGCUCCGUUAAUAAAGAAGAGCCGCCUUCUUUAGUCCAACAAGGCUUUUGAGAGGUCAUCAAAGAACUGGUUAAUACUGUAGAUGCUAUUAUUUAAUGGAGCAGUUGAAAAUUUUCGUGAUCUCUUACCCAGUUUUAUUUACUUAACUUAUACCAAGAAGUUGGCUUAAGAAAAUAUGGACUAGUCUUUCGCCCCCUAGUAUUUUAUCUUUUAAGCCUUAAUCUUUAGUUUAAUAAUCGUGUGGCUUUUACGAGGAAAUCUACGUUCAGUUUGUAAACAAAUUGUGCCUUUUGCUUCAAACAAUAAACAUUUGCUUUUUUUCAGGAACGCUUAUGCGUACAUGUUUACUUGUAGCCACGGCUUGGCUUAUGCUAAAUACACCUUUUCAAAUAUAGGAAGCUCCAACUUACAAUUCUAGUCCGAUAAAAAAAAAAAAAAGAUUACAUCUGCGAAGACUUUUCCCGUAAUCACAAAGUACUAUUAAACGCUGUGAAGGUGUUCUCUAUCGUUUAAGAAUAAAAGCCCAGUUAAAUUCGUACUUUUAUAUGAUAUGGAAUCCGUCAGGAACAAUUUGAAAAAGAUACACUGCUACUGAAUAAGUGUCAAUUCACUAACGCAUUUGUAAAAAUAGAAAGGAAGAACCAGUUUAGCGCACUUGUAUGUGAAUAGUUAGCGAUCGAUAGCCAGCAUGAACUGAGAAAAGUUUCGCCGCCAGUGUUUCUGUUCCACGUGAAUUCGACCUAAGGCGCCUACACCCGUCCCCGUGGCCUACCAAUAGGAUCAAGAAUAAUUUUUCAAUGGCUUUAUAUCAACACUGAUAUGUCUUGAAUUUUAUUGUACAUAAUAAGUGUUUCAAAUUGUAGCUCAGAUGGUAACUGUACCUUUUUUAACUUAAAUCUUAUUUUUAAGUGUAUUUAUACCUCUAUUUUUUUAAUCCAUUUUUAUAUUUUAAUCCAUUUUAAAUUUUAUUUGUAAUACACAAUUCAGCCAUAUACGGCUGCGACGUAUUUUAAUGAAGUGUCUAUCUAUCUAUCAAGUUCAAGUUCUAUCAGUUCUCACACGACAUUGUCUAGCUUGAGUUGUUUGCUUUUCUGCUUGCUUGAACACUGUGAGUGUUUAAUCUCACGCAAUGAUCCGCUCAUUUUACUUCAAACGCCAGUAAUUAUUGUAUUUACCUUGAAUUAAAUAAUUCUGUUUGAACUUCUGUGCGCAUGAACAGUGCUUGAUCGCACACGAUGGUCUUAUUAUAACCCUCAGACGUACACCCAAACUCGCACCUCCACCGCGGUACCAAUAGGGGGCUGGCUGGAACCCCCCACCUCUAGCGUCUUUCUCUUAUUCUAUUUUAUAUGCAUUUACUUUUUUUGAAAAGAUUCACCUUUUAUAGAUUCAUCUUUAACAGAUAUAGGCUGUGAUAUCGUUUACAAGAAUAUGUUAAUAUUACCGGAUACAUACGUACGUAAGUAGCGCUGCUGAGGGCCAGUAACGUCAUUUAGAUUUUAAGCUUGGCUACGAAAGACUGCUUCGAAAUACUAAGAUGAAAAGAUAAAAAAGGAAAAUAACAUAAAAUAAAACCUAAAAUUGUGGUUAAAUAAUGUUCCAAACAGGCCGUCCAUCGACCGACGCUAUAUCUGUUAUAUGUGGUUUUCACUGAUUCCGUGCGAAAGCGUUUUUAAAACUUACGGUUUAAGAAAUUCCUUUUUGUCAAACAGUAGGCAAUAAGAAGUGUCUAUAUAGAGCAGCCGCCUUCUCCAGUUUAACAAGGCUUUUAAUUUCAGAAAAAUAGGGAGUCUUUAUUUAAUUUUAUAGAUGAAAAUCUUCGUCGUAGCUAAUCUGGGUAUACCUUAAUUCAAAUCAAGCUGUUGGCUGAUAACAGUUACAUAACUAUUAACGAUUUUACUUUUUUCAACUAUGAUCAAACCAUCGUUUGGUUUGGGUCUUAUUACCUUUCUCCCUAGUUUUAGGAGGCGUACGUGCGUACUUCAGGUAAUUAACUACGGCCCUGCUUACAAAAUGCACAUACGACUGUUAAUUAAAGUUCAUCUCAGUUAUUCCAAAGCGAUAAAGAAAGUUUGGUCCCACGAAGAUUUCCCUCAAAUAUAAUCACAAGGUACAAUUAAACGUUAAAGUAUUCUCUACCGCUUAAUAACAAGAGUCCGAGGAAUUUCGCACCAUUGUAUGUUACUUUCCAGUUUAUAAAAACGGUACGAAGCAAAUAACAACUAAAACUUGAACUGCUUCUGAAUACGUGAUAAUGCGCUAAGAUUGGCAAAAAUAAAAACAGUUCUCACAUAACUUUGUCUAGCUUGAGUUGUUUGCCUUUCUGCCUGCUUGAACAGACGAGUCGCGGAUGAUCCUGUCAUUUCACUGCAAACACCAGUAACCAUUUUGUUUUAUUUUCUGCUCUUUUUCCCAUUUAACAAACUUCCAGUGUGAGAGAUAUUUAAACAGCAGUGCCCAUCCUGAAGUACUAGGAAUCAGAUACGACGUGCGCACGUGCGUACAGCUUGCCACGCCCUUGAUCACGAAAUCUUUAUAAGACAUGUGACUCAUAGAUAAGACACCAUUCUGUUCGUGGACGGAAUUCCAUCAACACUAUUUCAGUGAGUUGCCUCAUUCCAACCAGGUAACUGCUUUUUUAAUACUAAAAGCUAAACUCACCCUUUUGAUAUAGCAAAGGCAGGCACAUUACCAAGUCCUUAAUAAUUUUGUGGUACCCUCUUUUAGUUAAUAAUGACAUUUUGCGUUUCUUUUAUCUAGACCUGAUCUUCGAGAUUUAAUCAUGAGGACCGCUUUCGUUUUCCUGACACUUCUCAUGCUAGUCGUAGCAUCAGUAACGGCCAGAGGUAGGUUAUACCUAAUUUUGGCUGGGUCUUCUGGAAUUCAAGCACUAGCUUUUACAACUUUAUUCGAUAACUGAAAGAUAAUCUUAUUAAAAAUUAUAAUAUCAAUUUUAGUGGAGGGCUAUCCCAAAUUUAAGGAGUUUUAAAACAGUUUUGAAUCAAAACCAUAUUUUUCAAUAGCCAUAGAAGUAACGUUUCCCUUGUCCGAUCACAACAGCAGAUUCCCCACUACUGAUUUUGGAUUAAAAUUAUGUCAAAAUGUAGUUUUAAAAGCGAUUUUUCAAGCUAUUUGCUAGCUUUUUAAAAGGCCAAAAGGUGUCUUCGUGGCAAUUGAAUUGACUGCUAAAAAUAAUAGCCCACUUUUGUUAUUUAAGACUUAAGACUAUAUCAAAACCGUUCCCUGUUGUGCUGUAGCUACGGAUAGCAAGGAUGGACAUGGAUUGAAGAUAUAUCAUCAUGAAUCUCAUGCUCAGUGAUAAAGUUGGGCUAAUGCCUGCAAAAAUCACUGAAAACAUUAUUACGAUUGGUACUUUCUUAUGAAAUUUGUGUGGUGUCUUCAUUAUAAAUGCACGGUAAGAGAGCAUUUUGUGCAUAGUAACGAAUCAAAGCUAUGACUUUAUUUAGAACAGAAUUGACCGCAAUAUCCUCGUGGCAUAGCCCCUUUGAAUAUAUUACCAUGACGAUAACAAAGGUAGAGGAAAUUUUUCAAGGAAGGAACACUUGAUCUACGAAUAUUUUCUAGCCGCUGUAUGUUUUUUGUAAUUGAGAAUCUCAUUUAAUUCACACUUUACAAGUUUCUAUAGCCUCUCCGAAAACAGAAGCAAUGAAUACUGAAAAAAUUCAACAAAGAAAGGUACAGUUUUCCAAGGGAAGUUUCCAAUCACAUUUCAACUCAAAUUUCAGACGCGAAGAGUGCCCAGAGAUUUGUAACAAGCCUUAAAGUUUACCGGUUAGAAAUGUAUUUGAAGAAAAGAAUGGGUCUGAAUAGUGAAAUUUCCGGAUUAAUCAUUUGAUUGCUUCUUUUUACUCCAAGUUAAUAAAAAUUUACACAGACUCUCUCCUAUUUUCAAGUUUAAAGUGACAGCUUUUUUUUUCGCUUUCUUUGCUACAGGGCCGUCUUCGUGCAAGGAGCUUUAUGAUCAAGGGUAAGUUGUAAGAGCUGAUUUGGUCUAACAUGUCUAAAACAAGAAACGGUUACAGGCAAAUGGCAUGCAGCUUCUUCGUUUUUAUGUUUUUCACUUAAACCUUUUUGAAAUAUCGAUGAGAAAGAAACAAGUGUUUUAAACGGCUGAGUUACAUUCAAAACACCAUCACCUCGUUGCCAAUGGAAAAGGAUGACAUCUUGGAUCACGUAUAUAGGACGAAAUGACGACUUUAAUUACAAUGAAAGGUCGUACAUGAUCGAAUUGGAUUUGGUUUUACUACUUUUUAAGGCAAAGCUCACACCCUAACCAACACCAAAGUAAGGGUGGAUUUCCAUUGUCGCGUAAAAGUUCAGCAUUUUCAACUUUUAAGUUAACGCUGGACCUUCCAUACAUUGUUUCUUUUUAUUUUCGCGCGUAAAAUGUAUUAUGUGCGCAUGCACGUGAAAAUUUAGCAACAGUGAAAAUUCACCUUAAGGCUGACUCUUGAAACCUACUAACAACUAGUUUAAAUUAACAACGAGGCAUUUCAAUUACAGCUCAAAGCAAUUACAUAAAAAACGGCCCCUACUCGAGUACUGUCAUGAUCAUUUCGGGUAUUCAGUAACUGAAUACGUCUCGGCUGUAUUCUCGAAUCUGCCAAAGUGAGUCUGUCUGAUUGGAGGGAAUUCAAGAGCGCGCCCUUAGGAUAAUUCUUCCGAAUUCACAUUAUGACGAGGCAUUGAUACUAAGUGGCCUGCCGUCUCUAAAAGACCGUAGGGCUGCUGCUUGCGAAUCAUUUAUGCGUAAUUUAAAACCAUCCAACCCUGUAUUUGGCCUUGCCAUGAGUGGAAGGGUAACUACCGUUCACUCGUACUCGUUACGAAGCUGCCGGAGCUAUAAUAACAAAAUGUGUAAGACAAAAGAUUGUCAGAAUUUGAAUCUGUGAAAUAUUUAGAUUUUUUGUCAUAAGAUAAAUGUUAAUUAUGUGUAAUUUGCGCACGAUCCUGUUAUCCAGCUCUUACUCAACUCUACUCUACCCUACCCUACCCUACCCUACUCUACUCUAUUCUUUUGAAAGUAGUUGACAAAGCUAAUUAUAUAACAUGGAGCGUGCCGUGCCAAUGUUUAACACUCCUACGUCUUCAAUUUUCAGAGAACGUAAAAGUGGCGCGUAUGACCUAGGGAUUAGUCCCGGACCAGUUUACUGUCACAUGGGAGAUGGAAACUUUGGAUGCGGAGAAGGAGGAUGGACUACUGUCAUGAAAAUCGAUGGUGCACAGGUACUCUUCUUUAAAGUUGUACUUUUUCAUUGCGGACGACAAGGAGAAUCCGCAAUCCUAAUAUCUAGGUUAUUAAUACGCAUGCGUCGCAUGUAUCAAGCCAGCAUCCGUUUGGACUUUCACUAAGAAUGAAUGGAAUCCAAUUUGAUCCCGCGUGUUUAGACCUUCCACUCACUCGUAAUCUGAUCACGCGUGUUUAGACCUUCCACUCACUCGUAAUCUGAUCACGCGUGUUUUGACCUUCCACUCACUCGUAAUCUGAUCACGCGUGUUUUGACCAUGUGUCACGCGAAACUUAUGCAAAGCACAGCCCUAGAGCGAAAGCGUUUUGACCUUCGAUCGUUGUCGCCCGCACGCCGUAACCUUUGGUUAUUACUAUAUAUUACGCUUGCGUCGCAUGUAGUUAGCCAGCAUUCGUUUGGAAUUCCACUAAGAAUGUAUACAAUUUGAUCACGCUCGUUUGGAACUUUCAUCACUCUUAAUCUGAUCACGCGUGUUUUUGAAUAUCGGUCAUAUGAAACUUACGCAAAGCACAGCGCUGGAGCAAAAGCGUUUUGACCUUCGAUUGUUGUCGCCCGUACUCCGUAACCUUUGGCUAACACCAGUUGCUAGAGCCGGAGAAUCUAUAUUAAUUACAGAAAAGCAAUUUUUUACCCUUUAAUUUCAGCCAACCUUCCACUACGAUUCACAUCAUUGGAGCACCUAUGGAUCCAAAUACCCACAAAAUGGGACGACAGGAUUCGACGACAAGGAAACCAAGUUGGAAACCUACGAUAAAACGAGUUUCACUAAGAUCUGUCUCGGCAUGAAGGUAGAGAGCCAGACCAGAUUUAUCGUCAUCAAUAAGAAGGCCAAAUCGCUGUACGAAUUGAUUUCUAAAGAGACAUACGAACCAACCACCCUGGGACGUGACGAAUGGAAGAAGCUGGUUGGACCUCAAGCUUCUCUGCAGAACAACUGUGAAAGAGAAGGAUUCAACGCCAAAGGAGACAGGCGUUUUUUUUACCUUUCUAGAGCAAGAAUUGGGAUUAUUGGAAACCAGGAAGACAACUGCGACAGCCCUGACUCCAGAAUCGGCUUUGGUACUGGAGGACAAGAAAAAAAGAGCACUCCGCGUCACAAAGAAAACACGUGUGGAAAUGAGGCUCAUUGGUCGUCAGAUAACCGAGAUCAGUCCAUCAAGGCCAUGGGGUACAUCUUAGUUCAAUGA